UUUCCAUUAUAUACAUAUCCAGGUGUCACUUGUCUACUCUACAAUCCUGAACUCCUCUCUCGCUUGUAUACCCUCAUCCUUGGUGCAGAAAUGGCCACAGAUGGUAAAAUCAUCAAGUGCAAGGCAGCAGUGGCCUGGGAGCCCAACAAGCCUUUGGUGAUUGAGGAGAUCGAGGUAGCCCCGCCCCAGACCAACGAGGUCCGCAUCAAGAUUGUGGCGACUGCGGUGUGCCACACCGACCUGCACCACCUUCUGGAGACUCAGGAAAAAGACGGCUUCCCGGUCGUCCUCGGCCACGAGGCAGCCGGCAUCGUAGAGAGCGUCGGGCCUGGAGUUACUGAAUUUCAGCCAGGAGACAAGGUCAUUCCUCUGUUCAUCUCCCAGUGUGAAGAAUGUCGCUUUUGUAAGAGUCCGAAGACCAACCAGUGUGAGAAAGCAUGGGUUACUCCAGAGUCCAGGUUCACCUGUAAGGGGAAGAAGGUGCUGCAGUUUUCAGGAACCAGUACCUUCUCUGAGUACACUGUGGUUAACCAGAUGGCCGUGGCUAAGAUCGACCCCACUGCCCCUCUGGACAAAGUCUGUCUCCUUGGCUGUGGGAUCUGCACAGGAUACGGAGCGGCAGUGAAUACUGCUAAGGUGGAACCGGGCUCCACGUGUGCUGUGUUCGGAAUGGGAGCUGUGGGCUUGGCUGCGGUCAUGGGCUGCAAGGCUGCAGGAGCCAAGAGGAUUAUCGCCGUUGACAUCAAUCCGGAUAAGUUCGAGAAGGCCAAGGAGUUCGGGGCGACCGACUUCGUGAACCCCAAAGAUCACAGUAAGCCCGUCAGCAAGGUGCUGUCCGAGAUGACCGACGGAGGAGUGGACUUCUCCUUGGAAUGUGUCGGGAAUGUGGGAGUCAUGCGCAGCGCCUUGGAGUCUUGUAUCCAAGGUUGGGGCGUCAGCGUGAUCGUUGGCUGGACGGACUUGGAAGACUUUUCAGCCCGACCCGUUCAGCUCAUCGCUGGACGCACAUGGAAGGGCUCUGCGUUUGGAGGCUUUAAGGGUAAGCAGGACGUGCCUCAGAUGGUCAAAAAGUACCUGGACAAGAAGAUAAAGGUGGAUGAGUUCAUCACUCACACCAUGACUUUGGACCAGGUCAACGACGCCAUUGAGCUGAUGAAGCAGGGCAAAUGCAUCCGGACGGUCAUGACUGUUUCUUCUCAAUGAGACCACUGCGAUGCUUUUAAUGACCCCAAAGUCAUUGAGUCAUUUACCACUAUAUUCGACUAUGAACACUAAAUACUAAUCCGCUUGUCAGAUUCAUGGGAAUCAUCUGCAGUGUUCAUAUGAGUAAGCUAAACAUAUCAAAGUGUCUAAAGAGCAAAAUAAACAGUACAAACAGAUACACUCUGUGGUUCUAUU